AGUUAGGCCCAUUAGUUAGGCCAGUUAGAGAGCACUCUGGUGAUCUUACCCUUGAUUUGUUGCAGGGGUGUGGAUGGUAUUUUUCAGAUAUUUCCCUUUUCUUUCUGAAAAUGAAGAAUUUAUCAUAUAAUAAAAAAUGAAAAACAUAAGGGAGUGUUUAAAAUAUUUCAUAGUAAAAUGCCAAUGUUGCUGUACAAUGUUCAGCAAGGAAAAAUCAUUGCCCCACCCUUGAGGUCUUCAGAAAACAAUAUAAAUAGAUGAGCUCUUUGACUGCAAGUGCUGCCCACUGCUUUAGCCUUUCCUGUGACUUCCAAAUUGACUUUCUGGGUUUUGAGUGGGGUUAAUCGUUGCUCCAUCUAUUAUUGUGUCUGUAUGUACCUUUUGCAGAAAUGCAACUCACUGUAAACAGCAGUUUAAAUAUGGACUUGCUGAUGUAUACUGUUUCAAUACAUGUGCCAGUGGUGCAGGUAUUGGUGGGGAUUUUCCUGUUUGUGAACUGCCUGAUGAUAUUCACCUUUUUAAAAAAGGAGGUGUUCAGGGAGGACACUCGCUACAUUUUGUUUGCACAAACCCUGUUUGUUGACUCUGCUUUCAUGAUUGUGAACAAUAUCCUGUUUGUCUGCUAUAGUUAUCAGUACCGCGUCCACAUGAUUCCUUGUAUUAUCCUCUGUUUGGCAAUGGCUUUUCUUUACAUUUGUACUCCACUGACUCUUGUGGCAAUGUGUCUGGAGCGCUAUGUUGCUAUAUGCAUGCCUUUAAGACAUGCUGACAUCUCUACCAGCAGGACUAGAUGUUUUGGAUUUCUUAUCAUAUGGGGUAUCAGCUCCAUACCCGCAUUGUUCACUUUUAUAGCUUAUCUCUCAACGGUCCGUUCUGGUGCUCUGUUCUCCUAUGCUUUCUGUAGUGCAGAGGUAAUGUUGGGGGAAGAGUGGCUGGCACAAACACGUGCUUUAAUUUUCCAGAUCCUUUUCUUCUGUAUGAUCAUUGUUGUUUUGUUCACUUACAUCAAGAUAAUGAUUGCAGCCAGAGCUGCCUCCUCGGACAAUAAGAAAUCAACCAACAAGAGUCUCAGAACUGUGCUCCUUCACACCUUUCAGCUGUUUCUGUGUAUAGUUCAGAGUAUAAUACCAUAUAUCGAAAUGGCAUUUUAUAAGGGUGAUAUUAUGGUGUUUAUUAAUUUAAGAUAUUCUAAUUUUGUUGUUUUUAUGAUUGCACCACGUUGCCUCAGUCCAUUGAUUUAUGGUCUCAGAGAUGAGAAAUUUUUCAUUGUUUUAAGACAUUAUGCCUGCUGCGGUUUUCAUAGUGUUUCCCAAACUUUGCCCAUUCAAAGCAAAAUAAGACCUAACUAAGUCAUUAAAUCAGCGUUUGACAAUUUUGCAUCAUAUUUUACAAUAUAUGUGUAAAUGAAAUGAAAAUGCAAAACUCUUCACUGUAAUCUUACAUACAUUUAAUGUUAAGUAAAUUCUGCAAUAGACAAUGGAAUAAUACAGUGUAAGAGCAUUUUUAGGUAAUGGAUAUAAUUUUUUUUACUCUUUGUUGCUAAAUGUAACCUUAAUCUACUGUAGAACAUUAAAAAAAAAAGGAAGUUACAGUUUUGUGAUUUGGGGAAAAAAAUAAAU